UCACGGAAGGGGGCGGAACUGGGGUUGUGUUGGGCAUGCGCAGUAGGCUGACUUCGCCGACUCGGCCCCUUAGGCAGUGAAGGACUUACCCAUGCUGAGAGGAUUUUCCACUGUUGUUGCUGCUGAGGGUUCGGUCCUCACGGUCUUCCUGCCAAGGGGCAGGAAACUGGAAGGAGUUCCUGAGCCCGCGAGCCUGCAGCGGAAGUAGAAGAACGUAGGUAUCAGUAUGUGUGAGAGACAACUCUGCCUCAUUUAACAAGUCAGGAUGCUACGUUCACGAAAAGGCGUGGGGGUUGAGCUUUUCUUGGCUGGAAGAGAAGGAGGAGUUGGAAAUGAAAAAGAGUGCCUUUGAAACCCAGAACUUUGCUCAGAAGGCAGAAUUUUUCUCAGAUCUGUUCUCUCUCUUCUCUGCCCUAAGCUCCCUUAAGUUUGAAGCAGAGAAAGUAAGUUACAACAAGUCAAACUUAGGAUGGACGCUAGGGAAUAUAAAUCUAACCAUAGGCCAGAAAGACACAGGAAUUUGGGACUGAUAGAGACUUAAGUCAACGAGUAAAUCAAGUGGCAUUGGUGACCCUGUCUUGUCUGGGUGGGGUUAGCAUUCCAAAGCAGAGGGGAAAAUGACCUCUGGAAGAUGCUGUAAGACUUUAGGAAAAGCUGUUGGCAGGUUUCCUGCCGUAUCACUGGCUGGUGUUAAUAAUCCCCUGGUUUGUUUUUAGGCCCUUCUUCAAGUGUCUGGAGGUCAGGGAAGCAGCCCAGGGGAGGGAACUGUGACUAGUUAAAGAGGCCCUGCUUACUGUUGCUACCAGAUCGCAUGUCAACACCAAGUCCUCAGCUCCUGGUGGAAGCUGCUCAGCAGACCCUGGGCAUGGGAAAGAGACGGGGCCCUCCCAGAGCCGUCUGCCUUCAUCUCGCUGGAGAGGUGCUGGCUGUGGCCAGGGGACUGAAGCCAGCUCUGCUGUAUGAUUGCGGCUCUGCAGGGGCAGCCGAGCUCCAGAGCUACCUGGAGGAGCUGCGGGGCCUGGGCUUCCCGACCCAGGGACUGCACGUCCUCGAGAUUGCAGAGAACAGCCUGAUUGUCCAUCCCGAGCAUGUGCGUCGGCACUUGGAGCAGGUGCUGCUUGGGAGCAUAGCGUUUGUGGAUGUUUCUGGCUCUCAACCUUACCCUUCCGUCUGCUCCCUGGACCAGCUGCAGGAUUUGAAGGCCUUUGUGGCGGAGAUCAUCACACAUUUGCAGGGGCUGCAGAGGGACCGAUCCCUGUCAAUCUCCUGCGGCAGACUGUGUUCCUCGGCCUGGAAUCUCUGUACUGUGUUUGGGAUCCUCCUGGGCUAUCCUGUCCCCUAUACUUUUGAUGUGAACCAAGGAGAGGACAACUGUUUAGCCCAGACUCCACUACGAGUGUUCACUGCCCGGAUCUCAUGGCUGUGCUGUCAGCCACCAGUCUUGCUGUAUUCCUUUAGUGUGCCGGAGAGCCUGUUCCUGUCCUUGAGGGACAUUCUAAAUACUUGGGAGAAGGACCUUAGAACUCGAUGUAGGACUCAAAAUGACUUUGCUGACCUCAGCAUCUCCUCUGAGAUAGUCACACUGCCGGCAGUGGCUCUCUGACUUUAACUUUUCCUGUGUGGAAGGUGCUUGGUAAAUGAUCAGCUCUAGGUCAGGGAUGGCAAAUAGGAAUCAUUUCAAGUGCCAAUUGCGAGUAUCUCGAGGACACUAGGGAAGAAUACUGUAAUCCAUUUGUCAUUUCUGUGCUGAACUGGACUAGGGAGAAUAGACCAGGAUGCUUCAGGAAUAAACAGAGUUCUUCGGGACAGAC